AUGACCCUACGCGAGCCAAAGAAUGGUUCAAGCCAGUCAGCUGGAAAUCGGCUCCAUCUCAUUCCCCUACCAGCAGAGCGAUAUUUAUUUAUGGCCAAGAAGUUCCUGCUCCAUCUGCUUGUUCUGGUGCACAUGACCAGUGGCGCCCCUGCCCGAGGCACUGAGAUUAUUCCACUCCUGGCAUCCAAUUCCAUCAUCAACCGCCGAAACCUCUUUCUGGACCCGAAAUCGAAGCUCUUCCUCAUUCGGCUGCGGUAUAGUAAGGUGCUGGCGACCACUGGCAUGGAGCGGAAUGCUGUCCGAGCCAUCCCCAGAGCUCCAUCCCAUAUACUACUGGUCUAUCUGGUGGUUGUGGAGCCAUUCAUUCACUAUCUCCAUCAGGCAUUGAAGCUCCGAAACCGCCGCAGUCUUCUUUUUUUCAAUUCAGGGCGACCUCCCUACCAGCCGCCAGGUCAGUGA